AGGCCAUGGAACUUCCGCUUUGGACGGAGAGCAGCAGGCUCCGAGCUCCUGGCCCCACUGCUGCCCAGCCCAGAGGCCUCGCCGGACACCGGUUCCCAGGAGGCAGCAGACUGUGGUGAUGAAGAGCCCAAGGGGCCGAGUCCUGGCACUGCUGCCACUGCUGCUCCUGGGUCUGCUUGAUGCUUCCCAGGCUCAGAGCAGCUGCACUGGGCACCCAGCCAUCCCUGGAACCCCGGGCAUCCCAGGGUUACCCGGCUCUGAUGGCCAACCUGGGACCCCAGGGAUAAAGGGAGAGAAAGGACUCCCAGGACUAGCUGGAGACCACGGCGAGUUUGGAGAGAAGGGGGACCCAGGGAUUCCGGGGAAUCCAGGAAAAGUGGGUCCCAAGGGCCCAGCUGGCCCUAAAGGUGCCCCAGGAGCUCCCGGAGCCCCCGGCCCCAAGGGUGAAUCGGGCGACUACAAAGCCACGCAGAAGAUCGCCUUCUCGGCCCUGCGGACCACCCACGCCGCCCCGCGCCGCGACCUGCCCAUCCGCUUCGAGCAGGUCAUCACCAACGAGGAACGCAGCUACCAGCCUCGCAGCGGCAAGUUCACGUGCUCCGUGCCCGGCCUCUACUAUUUCACCUAUCAUGCCAGCUCUCGCGGGAACCUGUGCGUGAACAUCCUGCGGGGCCGGGAGAAGCCACGGCACGUGCUCACCUUCUGCGACUACUCCUACAACACCUUCCAGGUCACCACGGGCGGCGUGGUCCUCAAGCUGGAACUGGACGAGGAAGUCUACCUGCAGACCAACGACAAGAACAACCUGCUGGCCAUGGAGGGGGCCAACAGCAUCUUCUCUGGGUUCCUGCUCUUCCCAGAUGCUGAAGCGUGACUCCAGGGGGGAAGGGCAGGCUGAGCCACAUCCACCCCGCCCCGCCCCGCCCCUGCCGGCCACGCUCCCUCCCCCCAGCUCCC